GAGGCGGCGUCCAGCGGGGCGUCCAGAGGGGCCGGGAGGCGUGCGGGGCCUGGGCGCGGCUUCCCCGGUGUCCGUCUCCCUCCCGAGGGUCGCAGCGCUGCAGGCUCCCCGCCAUGACGGCGCUUCCCGCGGACGACAUGGACACGGCCGUGUCUACCUUCAGGCAGGAGGACGUGGAGGAGCACUACGAGAUGGGGGAGGAGCUGGGCAGCGGCCAGUUCGCCAUCGUGCGCAAGUGCCGGCAGAAGGGCACCGGGAAGGAGUACGCAGCCAAGUUCAUCAAGAAGCGGCGCCUGUCGUCCAGCCGGCGCGGCGUGAGCCGGGAGGAGAUAGAGCGGGAGGUCAGCAUCCUGCGGGGCAUCCGGCACCCCAACAUCAUCACGCUGCACGACGUCUUCGAGAACAGGACGGACGUGGUGCUCAUCCUGGAGCUGGUCUCGGGCGGCGAGCUCUUCGACUUCCUGGCCGAGAAGGAGUCGCUGACGGAGGACGAAGCCACACAGUUCCUCAAGCAGAUCCUAGACGGCGUCCACUACCUGCACUCCAAGCGCAUCGCCCAUUUUGACCUCAAGCCCGAGAACAUCAUGCUGCUAGACAAGAAUGUGCCCAACCCCCGAAUCAAGCUCAUUGACUUCGGCAUCGCCCACAGAAUCGAGGCGGGGAACGAGUUCAAGAACAUCUUCGGCACCCCGGAGUUUGUGGCUCCUGAAAUUGUCAACUAUGAGCCGCUGGGCCUGGAGGCGGACAUGUGGAGUAUCGGCGUCAUCACGUACAUCCUCCUCAGCGGUGCGUCCCCGUUCCUGGGUGAGACCAAGCAGGAGACGCUCACCAACAUCUCAGCUGUCAACUAUGACUUUGACGAGGAGUACUUCAGCAACACCAGCGAGCUGGCUAAGGACUUCAUCCGCAGGCUGCUGGUUAAGGACCCCAAGAGGAGGAUGACUAUUGCCCAGAGCCUGGAGCACUCCUGGAUCAAGGCCAUCCGGCGGCGGAACGUGCGUAGCGAGGAGAGCGGCCGCAAGCCGGAGCGGAGGCGCCUGAAGACAGCGCGUCUCAAGGAGUACACCAUCAAGUCGCACUCAAGCAUGCCUCCCAACAACAGCUACGCGAGCUUCGAGCGCUUCUCCAAGGUGCUGGAGGAGGUGGCGGCCGCCGAGGAGGGCCUGCGCGAGCUGGAACGCGGCCGGCGCCUGUGCCACGAGGACGUGCAGGCGCUGACGGCCAUCUACGUGGAGAAGGAGGCCUGGUACAAGGAGGAACAUGAGAGCAUUGGCCAGACCCUGCGACGCCUGCGGCAGGAGCUGCACAAGACGGAGGCCCUGCAGCGCCAGGCCCAGGAGGAGGCCAAGGGCGCACUGCUGGGGGUCAGCGGCCUCAAGCGCCGCUUCAGCCGCCUGGAGAACCGCUAUGAGGCGCUGGCCAAGCAAGUGGCCUCUGAGAUGCGCUUCGUGCAGGACCUGGUGCGCGCCCUGGAGCAGGAGAAGCCACAGGUCAGUGAGUGCAGCCUGCGCUAGCUGGCAGUUCACGCCUGCUCGCGGGAGUGGAAGCCCGCUUCUCCCAGCCCGGCCUCUGCUCCACCCAUGGCCCCGCCUUGGCACUCAGCCAGCUGGAGCUGGCCAUGAAAGGGACUGGAGACUCAAUACCGCCAACACGCACCAUCCGAGCAGCGGGUGGCUGUGCCAGGAGGCCUGGGUGCCUGGUCCAUGCCCC